UGUCCCUAUUUCAGGCUUUCACAUAAUACAGGAGAUGUAUGGCUGCGAACUCCAGAAAGACGGGAGCAAAAAAGGGUUUAUACAGGACGGAUAUGAUGGGAGGGACUUCAUCUCCUUUGACAAGGAGACCCUCACCUGGGUGGCUCCCAUCCCCCAGGCCCAGAUCACCAAGAGGAAAUGGGAUGGUAUUCCAGCACGGAAUCAGUACUUUAAGUCCUACCUGGAGAAGGAAUGCAUUGACUGGAUAAAGAAGUACCUGUCCUACGGGAAAGAGACGCUGCUGAGGACAGGUGAGCAUCUGGAUCCAGGCUGGACUUUCCUCCUUGAUGGCCGGAUUUCUCUGACACAUUCAGCCCCUUUGGGUCCCUUGUCUGGAGCCUGUUUGCCCUGGUGGGAAUCCUCCUCCUCCUCCCCUUCCAGCCCCUCUUGCAGGACACGGGAAGCCCUGUUGGGUUCCCAUUGCCAGGCAGCCAUUCGGUGGACCAGGAAAUGCAGCCUCUCCCUGGCAGGAAAAGCCCUUCCGGGUGUCCUGUUCACUGCCCACAAUGAGGCAACCAUUUGGGGCUAUUCAGGGAAACCCCCAUUAGCCCAACGGUAGUCAAGAGUGAUGGGCUCCCUUAAUCUCCCCCCAUGAACUCUCCUUCCCCCCACAUCCCACGGGGGGCUCCCUCCCAGUCUUGCACCCGAUUGGGGGGCCUCCCAUGCCCACCAUUGUGGGGGCUCCUCUUCCGCCCUUCAUAAGACAUCAUCAGAGCCCCCACUUGGGCAAAGAAGCCCAUGGAUGAGGGGUUCUCUUUCCAGGGUGGGGGGAUCCCCCAUAGUUUUUGUAGAUCUUUCCCUUAAACCUCAAACAGGUUCCCUCAAUUCUGACUUAGUGAGUCUUUCCUCAAAACGGCCCCCUCCCCCCCUUCAGGAACACCCCCUCCCC